AUGCAAACAAACGACACACUGAUGGUAGUUGACAAGGAGUUCAAUGACUUAGAAGAGCAAGAGCUUGAGAAGGCUGAUUUUAACGCUAAGCUAAAAGAAACGCUUACAGUGGAAAACGAAGUGACAUUCAAUAGAGGAACACUAAAGAAGCUCGCUAAUGGCUCGAUUCUACUUAAGCAGAAGGACCAAGGGAAGAAGCUGGAGCUAGUUAUCGAAAAUGGAAACAACUACUUAGAACAGCGAGCACGUGCAGCUUAUAUUGCAAGCUUGUCAACCGAAGAGAAGUUUGAUAGCUCUUUCCUCAUCCAAAGGAACCUCAUCGCUGCUAGUUCCACAAAAUGCAAGCGAGUAAUACGCUUAGUACUUGCUUCGGAAAUCUAUGGUAUAGUCUCCGGUGUAGAUAUUGCUAUUUGCGUAGCUACUACCCUUAAAAUAAUUACUAACAAGCUAGAAGUCCUCGAGGUCCUUAUAGUCGUCUAUACCGAUUCAUAUUCCCUCUACGAAUGCUUUAUCAAGCUCGGAACCAUUAAGGAGAAGCGCUUAAUGAUCGACAUUAUGGCCCUUAGGCAAUCAUACGAGCGCCGAGAGCUUGCAAAGGUCAGAUGGAUUAAAGGAAAGGAUAAUUUAGCCGACUCUAUAACGAAAAUCAACCCAAAUAAGUCGUUGGCGACCUUCAUUGAUACGAACAAGGCUAACGUACGUGUCGAAGGGUGA